CCUGAAUGAACGGAAAAAUAUACUAUGACAAGCCAUGUUCACAUGACAACGUGUGACAGACGCCCACUCAUGUACCGUUGUGUAUUUUUCGCCAAAACUUUAUCUUUUCUUUCAAUGAAGGGUUGACAGGUCGCUUUUUAGACGUUUUGGUGGAGUUAUCAAAAAUCAUCGGUUUUGUUUAUUCUUAUUCACUAAGAAUUAGGAUCUAUAUUGAAACAGUAACAACAUUCCAAACGUUGUCAUAUGUUGAUGUGCUUCUGUGUUGGACAGUAUUUUAUGCGACUUUAUACCAAUGAAUGAUAUUCAUCUAGUUUUAUUAUUUAUUUUUCUGCCUUACAUUUAUGCGGUAUUUUAUAACAGUUCGGACGUUCAUUUGGACUGUUCACGUUUUCCAAAAUUCACUAGUUACAAAAGUUAUUUGCUUUCAGAAGGCGAUGGACUUUUGUUAGAUUGUAACAUCUGUUCCAAAUGCUCCAAAUAUCAUGAAUUAUGCAAUAACGAUUCGUUCAUUCGAAAAUUCGAGCCUGCUAGUACUGAUGAUCUUGGUGCCAGUGGUUUUAAUUUUCAUACAAUAUUAGCUGUUUUCCCAAUAGAACAUAUUCGUCUUAGAUUACGUAAACGAAUUUGGCGUAAUAUCACUACACUGUCAGAUGAUCUACCAUUAAUUUAUAAAAAAGAACAUUUACAACGUGAUUAUGAAACAAAUUUAAAAUUAUUUAAUUCAUUAUCAUUAUAUUUUACUGUAAAAAAACCUGGUCGUGAUAUACAAGUGAUUUCAACGAAUACAACUAGUACAUAUUAUAAUAAAGAUAAAUUUCGUAUAAAAUAUGCUAAAAUUCAACAUACAGGCAUUUAUAAAUGUCUAUAUAAAGGUGAUGUAUUAGCUGUCUGGUCUGUAACUGUAUUAAAACCUGGCGCUGAACCAUUUCGUCAUGUGAUUUUACCAAUGGAAUCAUCAGAUAAUGUGGACGAUCAUGAUGAUCAUGAUAGUAGUGAUGGUAGUGAUGAUCAAGAUGGCAGUGAUGAUCAUGAUCAUGAUGGUACUGAUGAUCAAGGAGGGAGUGAUAGUGGCGGUGGCAGUGGCGGCAACGAUCAUGUUAAAGUAAAACGUUCAGUAGAUACAGCAUCCCAUGAUGAUAAUGAUGAUGAUGAUCACUUACAACAUACUGAUGAAGAUGGCUUAAAACCAUUAGCUCCACAAUAUUUAAUUGAACAUAAUUUAAAAUUAUUUACUUAUUGGUAUGAAUGGUCUGAUUGUAUACCAUGCACUUUAAAAGAUAAAUUUCCAGAUAGAUUGAAUGUAAUAAGAAAUAUUGGUAUGCAAACUAAAAUUGGUAUUUGUCAUGUACAGUUGAUUGAUUCAUUUUAUCUAGUGAAACCGUAUAAAUUAGCAGUUGAAAUAGAAGAAUUAUUUAAAACAUUCGCUGGUUCACAAGGUAUACCAUGUCGAUCACAUUUAAUUAGAAAUGCAAUAUUAAAAUAUGGACCAAAAGAAAUUGAAUUAAGACCAAGUGAAUUAGUCAUGAGAUCAUGUAUAAGAUAUUGUCCAAUUAUUGAUCGAUCACCAGGAGAAAGAGAAAGGUCAAAUGGGACAAAUUCAAACAAACGACGUCGUAGUAGACAUGGACGUAAACAAAAGAAAGAAAAUACAAUUGAUGAAAAUGCGGACAAUUCUCAAAAUGAUGAUCCAUUCGCAUCGCAUCCUUUAGUGAAAUUACAAAUGAAACGACGUCAAUGUUUAAGUGAUAUACAUCGUAUACACAGUCGUCCAACUUUACUUCAAAUGUUAUUAGCUGAAGAUAUUCGUAAAGAACGUAAUCAACUUAUGCAAUGUAUUCGUUAUAUUGUGAAUGAGAAUUUCUUUCAAGAAUAAUAAUAAUAAUAACAACCGAUUGUACUGUACUGUAUUUUUUUAUUUGUCAUGUGUGCGAUUUUUAACAACCAUAAAACAGAGAAAAAAAACCAAAGAAAAAAUACGACUGCAAUAGAAAAAAAUUUUUUGCCAUAAAACAUUAUCUCUCAAUGUAAUAUAAUCAAUCACAUUUUGUAUAGAAUAAUAAUAACAGUGAUAAUAAUUAUAGUGUAUAGUGAUCAAUAUUUUCUGUAUGGUGUCCAUUCAGGGUCUUUAAAAUUAAUAUAGACUUGUGUUUUUCGCGGGCGACCAGGCUUACGUUGUAUAGUGUUGAUGGGAUCAAUAGUAUUAUUACCAUUAUUAUUGUUACUCAUUGAUUGUUUCAUCCAAACUGAUGUUCUUUGAUGUGGAUGUCGUUUGAUACGUGUGAAUUUGUAAUUUUUUCGUUUCUUUUUACGUCCAUUUGAUUUGAUCAAUUCACUUGUAGCAGAAAGUAAUGGCAAUGAUCUAGUAUGUGCUCGAUAUUCUUUAAUUCUUUGUGAUUGUGGAAAUUCGGAAGGACUUAAACUUCUUGAAAAUUUCUCUAUCAUACUAUUAUUAUAAGUUACAUCUGGUUGUUGUAUAGACUUUGGUGUAUUAUUGCCAACUGGUGCCGAUAAGUGUACACUAUGCCACCAACGAAAGCAUUGCGCUGAACAGAUGCGAGGAAAACCAGGACAUGCAGCGCAGACCAUAUUAAUGAUCAUUCCAUUUUGUACUUGAUUUCUUAAUUGACAAGCGUUACAAUAUGCAUUCUCAUUAGUCGGACUAUUGGCACAAUUGUCAGGCAACAACAACAUAUCAUGAUAUAAUGAUUCGAUAGAGACUAGUCUAUGCUUAUUAUCAUUGGAUGUUCCGUUUGUAUCUCCAGUGGAGUUUGUUGUUGUGAUGGCAUUGUCAGCAAUGUUUACUGGACUGUCAACAGACAUUUUAUCUGUAGCUUCUUUGUCUAUACUUUCUGUGUUGUUACACGUUACUUGAUCAUCUUGACUGUGAUUGUUUGACAAUUCAUCAUUGUUGACUGGUACAGUGUUUUC